AUGAGAAAUAAUAGAAGCGAUGGUAGCAUAAUGAGUAAUACUCUAAACAGAAAUGCAAAUAGCAAUUUAGGGUUAUUAAGACCAAGUUCUCGUAUUCAAUUAAAUACAGUAACUUAAACUGAAAACUUGCCCUAUAGCAAUGGACAUCCUAUAAGAUCUAUUAGAGGUAGAAUAGAAAACAAUAAUUUAAAUUAGCAUCAUUCGAGUACAGUGAAUACAUAAGGCACUAAUCGUAGGCUGAUUAAUAGCGCAUUAAGAGAAAUAUAGUCAGAAUAAAAUAGUUUUUAAUAACCUUCUUCUGUAAAUGAGAUGCAGCAAGAGAAUUUUCUAUAACAGGUAAAUGAUAAGUUGCACCGCAAUACCAUUUAACAGAGGAGUUAAUCCUUACAAAAAAUUAAAAAUAUGAGAGAAAGCCAAGGAGAAUCACCUCUCAAAAAGAUAACAAGUUGGAAUAAUAAUUAGUAACAAAAUGGAACCAAUAAUAAAAGUUAUUCGGCUAUUAUUAAUUAAAAUAACAAUUAUGCUUUGCAAAGAGGGAGCUACAAAGAUGCUACAGAUAUCUUAAAACUGAACAAUUCUUAGGUUUACUAGCAUAUACCUAAAUUGUAAGAUGUAAGAGAAAGCAAUAACAAUUUUAAAUUAGGCUCUCUUCCUUUAGCAGCAGCAUAGAAUAAUUAGAAUGUCCACAUAGGAAUAAACAGUAAUAUGAUAAACUGCAAUCAAAUAGAAUUUAAAUACAACAUCGAUUAAUCCAAAAGAUCUAAUCGCUCUUAUGGAAUUAUAAAGGCUUAUGCAGCCAACACAAAUAUGGGAAUAUUUAGAAACUAUAAUGAAGAUAGAGUAUCAAUAAUUUUAUCUAUUUCUAAACCCUUCAAUAAGAAUGCUGACUAUUGGCCAAAAACAUCAUUUUUCGCUAUUUAUGAUGGUCAUGGAGGAUCUAACUGCUCUGAUUUCCUGAGAGAUAACCUGCAUUUAUUCAUAGUAAGAGAUGAAUUCUUCCCAAGUAAUCCAACUGAAGCUAUUAAGAGAGGAAUUCAAUUUGCUGAACAGUCUUUCUUGUAGACAGCAGAAUCUAAUAUGGAUAGGUCAGGCUCUUGUGCUAUAAUUGUUAUGAUAUUAGAUGAUGUCGCAUACACAGUAAAUAUUGGUGAUAGUAGAGCUAUCGUGAGUUUGAGAAACGGUCAAUCAAUAGAAAGUCUUUCAAUUGAUCACAAACCAGAAGAUGAAAGAUAACGUAUUGAAGCAGCUGGGGGAAAAGUCUAUCAAGCUACUGUAAACACAUAAAAUCUCAUGUUUUAGGGUGUAAAAAUAAAUCCUCCACACAGGGUAUUCCCAGGAAAAUUAUCAGUAUCCAGGACAAUAGGAGACUAUGAAGCGAAGAGCUAAAAAUACGGAGGAAACCCUAAAGUAAUAAUUAGUGAUCCAGACAUAGUGGUCACUAAAAUUACAUAAGAUCAUGAUUUUAUUUUAUUAGGAUGUGAUGGUGUUUUCGACAGGCUAAGCACUUAGGAGGUUGGUAAAAUUUUUUGGACCAGCGCAUAAUAAUCUGAUUUGACAGAUCAAAGCGGUGAUGUAGAUAUUCAUAAGCAAUGUGGUAUUGGAAUUGAAGCAGUUAUGAGAGAAACUUUUGAAAGAAAAAGUUUAGACAAUAUUACUUUAGUAGCUAUUUCAUUUGAUGGCUUUGCAAGCGAAUUUAGUAAAAUUUAAGAAAAAAAAUAAAAGGAAUAAGCAAACUAACCAAGUAAUAAUUUACCAUAAGCUUAGUUGUUAACUAUGCCCCCAGUAAACUAGAAUUAGAUAUCUAACACUUACUCAUCUUAAAAUACAAGUAGUAGAGUCAAGUAAAAACAGAUUCAACGAAACCUAAACAACAAUUUGUAAAAUUCUAACUCUUAGUAAUAAAUGCAUUUAUUCCCAAAAGUUUCUCCUACAAAUAUGGUAUAGACAAAUCCCAACUAUAAUACAGAUCCUCUAAAUACCAAUACAAUUAAUAAUGAUCAGUAACAAUAAUUAGUAUCACCAUAAAAGCACAGAUUCAAUACACUUCAAAGUGAAGCAAAUUUAACACCCUAUACUAACGGUUACUUGUCAACUUAAAAUUAUUAGUAUCCACAAUCACACUAAAACAAUUACAAUAAUCUAUAAAUUUACAACCAUAAAAUGACAUAAAAUUAUGGUAAUAGCAGUAGCUAAACAAAUAUUGCUUCUAUAAACCAGAAUUAAUAGUAUUAAAAUGAUUAGAAUGGUUUUUAUAGUGAUAUUGCUCCAUUGCAAGAGAGUAAAAAUAGCCAAAAUAAUCUUUAAAGUAACUCUUUAAACACAAGGCUUACUUAAAAUAAAUAAGAUUUUGAAAAUAGUUAUUUCCAUAAAAAGAAUAGAUUAAGUACACCGUCAACAAUUAGAAAAUACUCUAAUUUGUAAACAUCAAUUUCAAAUACAUCUAACACUUAGCUUCAAAUUGAAAAUAGUAGGCUUGCUUUGUAAUCAAAUUAAUCCCUUUAAACAUUGAAAGCAUUAUAAAAUGAAAAAAUAUUUUAGCAGCUUCAAUAAAUAUAACAACAACAAAAAAUGAUAUAAGCAAAAAAAAAGUGA